AUGGAAAGCCUACUGCUGGUUAUUAUCCUAUUAGCAUUUCCUAGCGUGAUUAAUUCUGCAGUGAGCAAAAAAUCGGUUAUCGUAUCACUACGUGCAAAAUGGUCGCAGACUUCACUUAUUGCGGAAGCCAGUGAAUUUAUGGCUCAAGAAAGUGACAGUUUAUUCUGGGCUUAUAUAGAUAAAAUUGUUGAGAAACUCAAUGUUGACGAAUGGCAUACAUAUAGUGAUGCUAGACAGCACGAUUUAUCUGUGCGCUUAGCAGGCUCUUUGUUACAGGAAGCUCGUGUGAAUCUUUUAAAAUUCGCGUUGUCUUUACGAGCGCAUUCACCAACUGUGUUACUUUUUCAGACCUUAGGUGCUGAAAGGACGAAAACGUGUGCUGCGUUUGCUGAUGUUCAUGGUACUAUAAUAUGUAAUGUAAAUGAUUUAGAAAAGGUUAUCGAAAAUGAUGUGAGAGGUCCUGCACCAACAGUAUAUUCUAUUGAUCAUGUAUUUCCUGCAACUAAAGAACAUAAUGUUACCUUAAUUGUAUAUGGUGAAUUGGCCACUGCAUCGUGGAGAAAGUUUCAUUUAGCUGCAAAAGCAUUGUCGAGAAGCGGCAAAGUCAAAUAUGUUCUUCGGCAUUUUGUGAAAGAUAUUCGUGACGAUAAGCUUUUAUUGUCGGGUUACGGCGUUGAAUUAGCUAUUAAAAGCACGGAGUACAAAGCGGUUGAUGAUAGCAGUACUGUAAUUGAUAAAGUAGCAAUGGAGGAAAAUUCAGAAGAAUAUACGGAUAACGAAGAAGAUAACUUUGGAUUCAGUUUCGGUACAUUGCGAAGGUUGCAUGGUGAUUUGAAGGAAUCAAUUGAACAGUUUCGGUUGCAUUUACUAGAACGUGAUGAGCUUACACCGUUGAAAGUAUGGCAGGUACAGGAACUUAGCUAUCAGGCUGCUCAGAGAAUUGUUCAAGCUGGUCCACAGAAAGCACUUAAUAUCAUGAUGGAUUCUAGCCAGAAUUUCCCGCUUGCUGCUCGAUCACUAUCACGACAAAUUGUGCGGAAAGAAUUCAUAUCUGAGGUUAAUGCAAAUCAGGAGCAGUUUAUGGAGUAUGGCGUAUCGGAAGGUGAAUCAGUUUUUUUAAUCAAUGGUAUCAUGGUGGAUGUUGAUGCCCUGGAUGUGUUCCAAGUGCUUGACGUGUUGAAGCAAGAGGAAAAAUUGGCAAAUGGAUUUUUCCGUAUGGGAAUUAAGAAUGAAUACCUUCCCAUGCUAAUGGACCUCGAAUUAAGCAACGAACGUAUAUCAUAUGCAUUGGAUUUCAGACCAGCAUCCCCGGAGUAUCUCAAUAAUUUGGAUACCGAUAAACAAUAUCGACAGUGGGCAAACAGUGUAAGUUUGCUAUUGCAACCCUAUUUUCCUGGAAUGCUUCGACCAAUUGCGAGGAAUUUAUUUACUUUGAUUUUUAUUGUUGAUCCAUCUCAAAAAGAAACUCGUGAUUUAUUGCAAUAUGCGCUGCGAUUCUAUGCUCAUGAGAUACCUGUUAGGCUUGGAGUUGUUUUUGUGGCUAAUGAUGAGAAAGAGAUUACUGGCUUUGAUGAUGCUUCUGUCGCCAUGUUGAAUUUAUACAAUUUUAUCAAAAUAAGUAAUGGUAUUCAAAAAGCAUUAAAUGUCUUAAUUGAGGUUCUAGAUGGAAAGGAAAAAUCUGUAUCUCCAAAAGAUGUCUUAUCAUAUUUCCAAAUGCAUUAUCCUAACCAUGAUCCAAAUAGCGUAUUUGGUAGUAACUCUGAAUAUGAUAAUGGACGUUCAAUAGGUUAUAAAUUUCUUCAUGACAGUGGACUUGGCUUUACACCGAAAGUGCUUUUGAAUGGUGUUAUUCUAGAUUAUUCCGGCAUAACAGGAGAUCAUUUUGAAGAAACUGUAAUGAUGGAAAUAAUGCGUGUUACACCGCGUUUGCAGAAAGCAGUGAUGGAAAAAAAACUAAAAGAUCAAGAUAAUGUAAUGAACUGGAUACUUUCGCAGCCAGAAGUUAUGCCACGAAUUAACAAGCUUAUUUUGGAUUCACCAUUAUCACCCGAUGCAUUGUAUCUGGAUUUAACAUCUAUCGAAAAAUGUACAAACAUAUCACCUACAAAAUAUCACAAACUACCACCAGAAAAGCACAGUCAGUGUAUGCUAAAAAGAAUGCGAUACAUUACGAGAACAGAGGAAAUGAAAACUCAUUUCUCUACUGUUUGGAUAGUGACCGAUUUAGAAACUGCUGAAGGGCGACUCCUAGCUUAUAAUGCAAUCAGACAUCUUAAGCGUUCUUAUACUAUGCGUGUUGCUAUCAUCAAUAAUCCCAAAAAUAUUGAAGCAGCAACCAUUUCUGGCAGUAUAACGAUGCUUGUAAAUAUCGCAUCACGUUUGCUUACAGCACGACAAAUGAAAUCAUUUAUAACAAAACUUGUAAAAGAAGAAGUUGUAUCGAAACUGCUAGAUGAACAAGUUACAUUGGAUGACCUUGCUGUUAAUGAUAUGAAUAUGACACUUUUCUAUAAAGAAUCGAAACAAAUAAAUAGUGAUGAAAUAUUCGCAGAUGCCAAGUACUCAAGGCGUGUUCUUGGUUUGAAAUCAGGACAGUUAGCAUUAGUAGUUAAUGGCUUACUUGUUGGGCCAUUUGGUGAUGAUGAAGUUUUGGAUGUUGCCGAUAUGGAACUGGUUGACAAACUCGUUUUGCUUCGGGGUGGAAAGGUCAUUGGAGAUUAUGUGGAAAAGUGGAAAAUACAAACGAGACAUGGAGAAUCAUCAGAUAUGGUUGCACGUAUUAUGUCUUUGAUUGGAAGUAUUGGUAUUACCAAAAAACGACGAUUCAUUCCACUUUCAGGAGAGAAAGAGAGUGUCUUGACGGUUUCUGGAAACAAAAAGGAAGGCUUAAUACUGGCGCUUUGUAUUGUUGACCCAUUAUCUACUCAAGCUCAACGACUUGGCCAUUUGCUAACUGUUAUACAAAAAGUUGUCAAUGUGGAGGUGAAAUUAGUAAUGAAUCCCAGAGCUAAACUCAGCGAACUUCCACUAAAAAGGUUUUAUCGUCUCGUACUACAACCCUCAGUGAUGUUUGAUGAUUCGGGGCGUAUUGCUGAUUCUGCAUAUGAAGCACGUUUCACAGCGUUACCAAGCAAGCAACUAUUAACUCUUGCAGUUGUUCCACCAGAUGCUUGGAUGGUUCAGUCAGUAUAUGCCAUUUACGAUCUGGACAAUAUUAGACUGGAAAAUGUGGCAGGAAAUGUGAUUGCGAAAUUUGAGCUUGAGCACAUCCUUUUGGAAGGGCAUUGUUUCGAUGAUAUGACGGGAUCACCUCCGCGUGGUCUGCAGUUUACUUUGGGUACACUAGCAAACCCGAAUCGUUAUGAUACGAUUGUUAUGGCCAAUUUGGGUUACUUCCAGUUAAAAGCUGAUCCGGGUGCUUGGAUCUUAAAUCUUCGUGAUGGUAAAUCGAAGGAUAUCUACAACAUUGUAAGCCAUGUAAAUACAGAAUCGGAGGAUGAAACCGGAGUAAAUGUGCUAAUCGAUUCAUUCAGUGGUCGAACAAUUCGUGUUCGGGUCGCCAAAAAAAAGGGAAAAGAAAAGGAAAAUUUAUUAAAUGAGGGAAAAUCGGAGGAAGAGAGUGAAGACUACCACUCCGUUUGGAGCAGUAUAUCGACAAUAAGUGGCGGUGAAAAACACGACGCAAUCAAUAUUUUUUCAUUGGCAUCGGGACAUUUAUAUGAACGUUUUCUGCGGAUUAUGAUUUUGAGUGAAACACUGCCUCAAAUGGCUAGUUAUUACGGUUUCAAAUAUGAGUUUAUAGAUUAUCGUUGGCCGCGUUGGUUACAUCAGCAGACUGAAAAACAGCGAGUUAUGUGGGGAUACAAAAUACUUUUCUUGGAUGUUCUAUUCCCGUUAAAUGUACGAAAAAUAAUUUUCGUUGAUGCUGAUCAAAUAGUUCGGACAGAUCUGAUGGAACUGAUGGAGUUUGAUUUGGGAGGUGCUCCCUAUGGUUUCACGCCAUUCUGUGACAGCAGGACAUCCAUGGAUGGUUUCAGAUUCUGGAAAAAAGGUUACUGGGCUAAUCAUCUUGCUGGUCGCAAAUAUCAUAUCAGCGCACUUUACGUCAUCGAUCUGGUUAAAUUUCGCCAGGUGGCUGCCGGUGAUCGCUUACGUGGUCAAUAUCAAGGAUUAAGUGUUGAUCCAAAUAGCCUUUCAAAUCUGGACCAGGAUUUACCAAAUAAUAUGAUUCAUCAAGUGCGUAUUAAAUCAUUACCACAAGAAUGGCUCUGGUGUGAAACAUGGUGUGACGAUGCUUCGAAAGAAAAGGCAAAAACGAUUGAUUUGUGCAACAAUCCGCAGACUAAAGAACCUAAACUUGAUUCGGCCAUGCGAAUUAUACCUGAGUGGAAAGAUUAUGAUGCUGAAAUAAAAGCAUUACUUGAUGAAAGAUCAAAAAAGCAUACAGAAGAAGCAAGGAGGUCUGAGCAUGAAGCAGUUGAUGAACACGCCGAGCUAUAA